GGUGCAUAUACCCAACCCAGAAAAGGUGCAUAUACCCAUACACAGAAAGGUGCAUAUACCCAACACACAGAAAGGUGCAUAUACCCAACACAGAAAGUGCAUAUACCCCCAACACAGAAAGGUUGCAUAUACCCAACACAGAAAGGUGCAUAUACCCAACACAGAAAAACAGGUGCAUAUACCCAACACAGAAAGGUGCAUAAACCCAACACA